CAGCCUUUGCUGUUUGAAAUCCACCCUCCUCCCACACCUUGAACACUGAAAACAAUCGUUACCGAUUGUCCUUCAACUAUCUCACCCCUUAACUCCCACCCCACCAAAAUCCCUCUAAACAAACGGGCUAUAAGGGUGUUUGGUGUUUGGUGAUGGAGAGAUUUUGCUGCAAGAAAAAACUUGGGUCAAAACGUUAUUUUUCAUUUUCUGAUGCUGACACACACACAGAGACAAAAAUAGAGUCAAAAACUUGGGAGUUUUGGUAAAACAAAAUUUGUGUCAAACCGUUUUUAUUCCUCUGGCGCAACCACAAACUCAUUCCCACUUUAUAUAAAGCAAAUUUCAGAUUUAUCCACAGUUCAACAUCAAACUGUUUUCCCUCACAUCCUGUUUCUUUCUCUUUCUCUCUCUGAUUUCUGCUUCCUGCUUCUAUAUGUUGAACUCUCUUUUCAUUACUUCUCUCUCUCUCUCUUUCCAAAAAAAAAAAAUAGAUGUCAGCUAUGGGACAGAAUUUUGGAGGGUCAUUCCUGUCGGCCUUCCUUCAGGUGGCCUUCGACAGAUUUGCCUCUUCCGAGUUGCUUGAUUUCAUACUCCAAUGGGAUAUCGACAUGGAUGAAGUGGAGUCACUGAAACGGACUUCAGCCAUGAUUCAGGCCUUGUCUGAUGAAGCUGAAGUGAAGCAAUUCACCAACGUUGCUGUGAAACUGUGGCUGGACCAUCUCAAACAACUCCUUUAUGAUGCGGAGGACAUACUGGAUGACUACGCCACUGAACUUCUACGCUUGAAAUUGAAAUCUGCUCACCAAACCCAACAGGUACGCAAACCCUCUGUUCCUCUCACUCCACCAAUUACUGAAAGUAGUGUUUCCUCUUGGUUAAACUCCGGCAUGGAAUCUGCAGUUAAGGGCUUCAACGAAACUUUAGAAGGAAUAAAAGGCAUUGGGCCUAAGCUUUAUAACAUAGCCGAAGAGCUGCAGGGAAUUAAAAGGUUUAGAUCAAGAGUAAAGGAUAUCAACCAGAGGUUAAAAAGUGUAGCACAAGAAGGUGUUGCUCUUGGUUUGAACUCAAACAUGGGAUUUGGGUCCUCAAGGCCCGGGGUAUUCAGUCAAAGGCCACCGACGAGUUCUUUGGUGAAUAAAUAUAAAGUUUUUGGGCGACAGGAAGAUAUGGAGAAGAUUGUUGGAUGGUUGCUAUCCAGUGACCAUGAAGAUGGUUUCUCAGUGCUACCUAUAGUGGGCAUGGGUGGGUCUGGGAAGACUACCCUUGCUCAACUUGUUUAUAAUGAUGAGAAAGUUAAGAAGCAUUUUCAUUUGAAAGCUUGGGUUUAUGUAUCAGAAGAUUUUGAUGUGGUGAGGUUAACCAAAGAAAUUCUUGAGUCAGCUACUGGGUCAUCCCUUCCUACUAAUUCAUUGAACUUGCUACAGGUGAAACUUCAGGAAGCACUGAUUGAGAAAAGAUUUUUGUUAGUUUUAGAUGACGUGUGGAAUGAGAACUACGAGAAAUGGGAUGCCUUAAGCACUGCUUUUGCAUUCGGUAAACCGGGGAGCAAAAUAUUGAUUACAACACGGAACAAAGGUGUGGCAUCAAUUGUGCGUUCUAUUCCAAACGAUUAUUCUCUAAAUGGUUUAUCAGACGAGGCUUGUUUUGAACUGGUUAGAAGGCAUGCUUUCAAUGAUGAGAAUUCAUCUGAUGCAUAUCAAAAGUUGAAAGUAUUUGGACAUGAAAUUGUGAAGAAAUGUAAGGGUUUACCUUUAGCUGUAAAGACACUUGCUAGCCUCUUGCGAGGUAAAAGGGAGAGUAGUCAGUGGAGAGCUAUUUUGGAGAAUGAAAUAUGGGAUUUGAGAGAGAAUGAGAUCCUUCCAUCGCUCAUGUUGAGCUACCAUCAUCUACCGCCUGUUCUGAAGAGAUGCUUUGCAUAUUGUGCUUUGUUUCCUAAAGAAUAUGUAUAUAGUAAGAUGGAAUUAGUCAUCUUUUGGAUGGCAGAAGGUAUUGUUCAACCGAAAGAAGGAAGAAAACGGAUUGAGGAUAUAGGAGCCGAGUAUUUUGAUGAACUAGUUAUGAGGUCCUUCUUUGAGUUAUCUAAUUCUUUUCGUCCUUUGGUGGCAGGCCCGUCAUUUAUUGACUUAUCUAAAGAAUUUCACAAAAGAUCAUUUUUUGAGUCAUCCAAUAACAUAGGAUCAGGAUUUGUGAUGCAUGAUCUGAUCCAUGAUUUAGCACAAUUUGUUUCAGGUGGAAUAUAUUGUAGGAGAGAGUAUGAUAAGCCAUCCCAAGUUCUUAGAACAACUCGUCACUUGUCUUAUGUUAUGGACAGUUAUGAUGUUGAUGCAACAGAAUCUGAAGCCAUGACAAAUUUACGCACCGUUAUAACUCUAAAUGAUAUUGGAGGUAGCCCCAGGUACUUUUUUCCAGCCAUGCAAUUCCAUUUCCGAUUCCGUUUCCUACGUGUGCUACGUUUCAGAAAUUGCUUCAAUUGUGAGUUGCCUGAUUCAAUUGGCAAGUUGAAACAUCUAAGAGUUCUUGAUCUCUCAUUUUCUGAUAUUGUGAGGUUACCUAACUCAUUUGGAAGUCUCUACAAUCUACAAGCUUUGGUCCUUUUUGGUUGUGGAAGGCUUAGACAGUUGCCUGAAGAUAUGGGUAAUCUCAUAAACCUUCGCUAUCUUGUUCUCCCUGCACAUUUGGGUUUCCAUGAAAUUCCAUUGGGAGUGGCUAACUUGACUAGUCUUCAAUUGUUGACCUCACUCGAUGUGGAGCCAAAAAAAAAGUUGUCCCAACUCCAUGGGACUUUGGAUAAUUCAAAUUUGGAAGAUGUAGGCAAUGAUGGGACAGAAGCUAUGGUGGCCAAGGUGCACCUUCUUGGCCUACGGCUGCGCAACCUCACGUCUCUUCGAGCUCUUCGAAUAACAAACUGUAAGAAUUUGGAAUCACUAUCCAAGGAGCUACACACUCUAACAUCUCUCCGAAGAUUAGUAAUUGGAAGUUGCCAUGCUCUUGUGUCCUUCCAAGAAACAAGGUUACCUGCUGGGCUUCAAGAAUUGGAGAUCUUUGAUUGUGAGAAUCUGGAGUCACUACCCAAGGAUCUAUGCACUCUAACAUCUCUCCAAGAAUUUGUAAUUGAUAGUUGUCCUGCUCUUGUGUCCUUCCAAGAAACAAGGUUACCCAUUGUGCUUCAAGAAUUGAAAAUAUUCAAUUGCGAGAAUCUGGAGUCACUACCAAAGGAGCUACACACUCUAAUGUCUCUCCAAGAAUUUGUAAUCAAAAGUUGCCCUGGUCUUGUGUCCUUUUGGAAAACAGGAUUACCCACUGUGCUUGAAGAAUUGGAGAUCAGCAAUUGCAAGAAUUUGGAGUCCCUACCCAUGGGACUACUGCAUGGCCUCACAUACCUCCGAAGAUUAGAAAUCAAAGACUGCCCUACUCUUGGGUCCUUUCCAGACAUGGGCUCAUCUACCUCUCUUCGGGUGGUAUCGAUUCUAAAUUGUGGGAAGCUGAAUUCCUUUCCCAAGGGGCUGCACAAACUCAUAAAUCUUGAAAAAUUGGAGAUUGUGGAAUGUUUUUUUCUUAUGGAGUGCAAGAAUCUUGAAGCCCUACAUACCUUGGGCCUUCAUAAUCUCACUUCUCUUUCAUAUCUCACAAUUGGAGGAUGCCCUUCUCUUGUGUCCAUUCCAAAGGAUGUGCUUCCUACCAACCUUAGGGAUCUUUACAUCAAGAACUGCGCAAUUCUUGAAUCCCUACAUGAUGGACUCUCUUACCUAACCUCUCUUAAACAUUUGGAGAUACAGAAUUGUCCAAUGUUAAUACAACAGUACCGAAAGACGGAAGGAGAAGAGUGGUCCAAGAUUGCCCAAAUUCCUAAGGUAAUAAUAGAUGGUGUAUGGCAAUAAAGCCUUGCCACCACAAGUGGGUCUAGCCUCUCCUGUUAAAAUCUUUGGAUGGAGUAAUCCAGAUAGUGUCUAUCAUGCAAAACCACAAUAAAAGUACCACAAUAAAAGUAGAGAUGCAUUGCAGCAAUUAUUGAGUGAGGAGGAUCAUGCGAUCGAAUGCCUUUCUUUGAUAAUGCUCAAGAACUAACAAAAAGCAACAUGGCAAUUUCAUGGAACUUCAAUUUCUAUCAGAUUGAAUUCUUUUCUUUGAAAAGGAGUGCUCUUCAGUAAGUCUCCUCUUCUUGGGAUUAGGCAGAUGGGAAUCUGUUUCUGUUUUUGUGCUGUUGGCUUUUGGAUGCUGCUGAUGUCUAUGCCGAAGGUGGAUCCUUGAGUCAGCAUUUUUGGGUUGUCUAUAGGUGGCCUUCAUGACAAUCUUGUAUUUUCCCCACCUAGAUGUAAAUCCUUUGCACAUCCUUUAUAGUAAUUCAAAUUUUUC